UGCCGUGACCCGAGAAGAAGAAAAAGGGCGACAUCUGGCUGUUCCACACCUGAUUUAAUUGAAUGAGGGUUAACAAAACUAUAGAUUAGUGUCGUUUUGGUUUCAAACAAAAAAGGAAAUAAACAAACAUAUUCACUAUUCAGUCAAAUCUGCCGCUGAAGGGUGACGAGCUGGCGCAGGUGGUGGGUUGUCCGUGGACCAUGCGAGACAGUGGCGGUAGCCUGACCCAGAACCGCUGGCAGGGGGACCUGGGACUGACUGCUGUGGGCCAGGACAACACAGGAGGAGGUGGGAUCCCUGGAGACCACCUCAUAGACCCGGUGUCGGGCCACAGUGUGUCCACCUCCAUGCACCUCAGGCUUGGACAGAAGGAUAAACUAUGGACAGGAGAGUUUGUGGAGGAGGAAGACGAGGAGGAAGAGACAGGCUGCAUGGAAACAAUAGGUGAUGAAGAAGAAGUGAACAAUAUGUAUCCUGAAGCUCUGGCAGAGUUUCAGGGUAAGGGCUGGGAUAGAAACAAUGAGGAGGAGGAGGAGGAGGAGGAGAUGGACGAGGCCAGAGACCAUGAGAAGGUGGAGUGGGAUGUCCCAGAUCCCGGGCCCGACUCCUUCCAUCACCAUCAUCCUCCACAACAACACCAGCAUCAUGGACCACAGCAGAAGGCCGAGAGAGACGCCUCCAUGGAGGACAUGUUCUCCCCACCUGAAGGAAGAGACUUGUUCAGGUCCCACCUAAGCAGGUACAGGGCCCUGAAGAGGCUUCAGAGACUCAGGUGCCAAGGGGGCCUUGGAGUCCGCCUUGCCCAACACUGGAAGAACUGGCGCCAGAGGGCCCGCUGGAUAUGCUCCCAGGGGCCCCAGUGGAGUCGGAGAGGACAGAAGAAGAGGCGGUACGACAAGGAGAGGAAGAGACGUCAGGUUUCUCUGUACAGUGAUGAAGAGGAGGAGGAAAGCAACGAAGAGCAGUUCUCUUACAGAGAUAAACGGAUAAACGGACCUUCGUCAGACAGACAGGAGGACCGAGGAAGACGGGACGUGGACUUCAAACCAGCAGAAGUGUCUCUCAGUGAGGAACAUACCAGCUGUGUGACAGGUAUCCUUGAAGAGUCACUGCAGCAGUACGGAAGUUUGAUUCCCAUCCACGUGGAUGAUAUUGUAGAGAAACUUCAGGACAUCUUCAGUGAGAGCUUCUCUCAGCCUCACAGGAAGGCGAUGGUCCAACAUCUCAUUCAGUCCUUCCAGCGUUCGUCAGGAUCAGCUGUAGCUAAAACAUUCAGAGUCAACUACAAGAGACAUGUGUUGACCAUGGAUGACCUGGGAACUCUGUAUGGACAGAACUGGCUCAAUGACCAGGUAAUGAAUAUGUACGGUGACCUGGUUAUGGACUUUGUUCCAGAGAAGGUCCACUUUUUCAACAGCUUCUUUUAUGAUAAGCUAAGGACUAAAGGAUAUGAAGGAGUUAAACGGUGGACAAAAAAUGUUGACAUCUUUCAGAAGGAUCUGUUGUUGAUUCCCAUCCACCUGGAAGUCCACUGGUCACUGGUCAGUGUUGACAUUCCCCGUAGAGCCAUUACAUACUUUGACUCCCAGCGGACCCUCAACAGGCGCUGCCCAAAGCAUAUUUUCAAGUAUCUUCAAGCUGAAGCCAUAAAAAAAAACCAAGAAGACUUUUUGAGUGGGUGGAAAGGCUUUUUUAAAAUGAACGUGGGUCGCCAGAACAAUGACAGUGACUGUGGAGCUUUUGUACUCCAGUACUGUAAGUGUCUGGCACUUGGGCAGCCGUUCAGUUUUGGGCAGCAGGAUAUGCCCCGGCUCCGACGGCAAAUGUACAAAGAACUGUGCCACUGUAAGCUCACCCUGUGACCUGGCGGCACCCCCACCCUGACCUUUCCAACAUGGAGUCCCAACAUAAUACAGAAGGAUAAUUGGAUGGAAAAAGAAAAGCUUUUCUCUCUGCCAACACCAAGAGAAAUAACUUCUACCAUAAUGGAUGUCAUCUAUUCUGUUUGAUUAGUCGGUCACUGCCUCCUCUCUUCAUCCUGGAAGAUAUGUUUGAGUUUUCAUGUCAGUAAUUUACUGUGGUUCACAGAGGUCAAGGCUAGCUUCCAUGUUGGGAAUGUGGUAAAUUCCCAUCCUGUUAAAGUCCACUUUUCUUUUUUUUCUGAAUGGGAACAUGAACAAUGUUAAGACGAAAUGAGAUGAAUGCCUGUGUUGGCAGUUGACAGAAUGAUUCAAACUGGUGGGUUUCAUCACGUCCAACACCUCAGGUGAUCUACAGGCGGCGAUGUGGACGUUACAGUACAGAUGAUUAUCAGCAAUGCCACAUUUCCAAAGUAUACUCUCAAGUUUCCAUCUCUGUGUUUGGAGUUCAUGGAUGACACUGCUGGUUUUCCUGAAGGAAAUCAGGCUUUCCAUCCACAUUUUGGCCUUUUCUAUGAUAAAUUUGUUCCAUCAUUCAGAUGGGAUCUGCAUCUAUGGAUCGCAGUUCAGAUCUUUACAUUUAUCUUUUUCAUGUGUUUUCUUGCUGUCAGUAAACGUGGUGAUAUGCUUAAAAAAAACUGUGUUAAAAGGACGAAUGUGUUAUUUUGGAAUAAGUACAGAACAUGUUCCAUUUAGUAUUUCACAAAAAAAAGCCAUUUUUGGUAAGGACCACGACAGCUACACAACAGGCACAGUAUGUCCACCAUGGAGUUACAGUGCUUUCAUUUUUUUAUAAUUAAAAAUAGUUUUAAAAAUCUUUCAGUUUUUGCAUUAUUUUUAUCUGAGUGGUGACAACAGAUUGUUUUCUAUAUCUGCAACGAUGCAUUAUGGUUGCUAAAAAUAAAAAAACCUGGCAAACGUU